AGGUUGUCUGGUGCUCACAGGCAGCGGUGAGCCACGGCGGGGAUGGCACGGCCCCGGCAGCCCAGUGGCACGGGCAUGGGCAUCCUGGCCUCGCUGCUGCUCUGGGCUGCAGCCGAGGCUGCCAAGGGGCGGUGGUGCCAGCAGACGGUGCCGGUGACGGAGGAGGAGGUGGUGUCCCCCCGGCGUGAGGACGUGGUGCCCUGCCCCAGCAUGUACCAGUACAGCCUGGCGGGCUGGAGGAUCGACCGGGACCGCAUGCGCCAGGCUUACGGAGGAGACCGCGGCGUCCGCCCUGCCAGUGCCCAGCCCGGCUCCGGCACCCCCAUGUGCUACGUCUACAAACCCCCGGAGACGCGGCCGGUGGUGAGGAACCGCACGGUGCUCGCCUGCUGCGCUGGCUGGAGCGGCCCCCGCUGCACCGAGGGGGAAGGCUCGCUGGGGCACUGCUACGCCGGGUGGCAGUGCCAGGACGCGCCGGGUGCCCGCAACCUCUCCGCCGUGAGCAUGGCCGAGUGCUGCCACCAGCCCUGGGGGCACAGCUGGAGGAACGCCUCCUCGGCGCUCUGCUUCGCCUGCGCCCACCAGCCCCUCGCCGGAGAUGUGCCCCUGCCCGCAGCUCCGCGGGGUUCGGUGGCACGGCACCGGCGUCCUGCCGCCAGCUGCCUCGCCUGGGGUGGCUCCCGGUACCGCAGCUUCGACGGGAGGCACUUCCACUUCCAGGGCGAGUGUGCCUACAGCCUGGCUGCCUCCGCAGAUGGCACCUGGGCUGUCACCAUCACCAUGGGCAGCCCGCAGGUGCUGCACAUGACAUUUGGGCUGGACACGGUGGUGGCACGGGGCCGGAACGUCUCCGUGAACGGCGUGGUGGUGCCGGAGGGACAGCCCCACUUGCACGGCGGGAUCAGCAUCACCUGGCUCGGGGACUUUGUGGCCGUGGAGAGCGGGCUGGGCGUGCGCGUGAAGGCGGACGGGCGCGGGACGACCUACGUGACGGUCAGCGCCGAGCUUUGGGGCAGCACACGGGGGCUCUGCGGCCCCUACAACGACGACCCCACUGAUGACUUCCUGCGGGUCGGAGGGGACGUGGCCCCGUUUGCUGCCAGCUUUGGGAACUCCUGGAGGAUCCCCGAUGCCAGCUCCGAGCUCUCUUGUAGGGACGCGGUGGAGCCCGGCCCAGGCUGUGCAGCAGGCAGUGCAGCACGGCGGGCGGCUGAGGCUGUCUGCGGGGAGCUGCUCGCCGAGCCCUUCAGCCAGUGCCACGGCGCGGUCGAGCCCCACGGCUUCUACGAGGCCUGCCUGGAUGUGCACUGCCGGGAGGGGGGCGCGGGACCCUCACCACCCCCUGCCGUCUGCGACACCUUUGCGGGCUACGUGCGGGACUGCGCCCAGCGGCAAGCCUACAUCGACUGGCGCCGACCGGGCUUCUGCGAGCGGCAGUGUGGCCAUGGGCAGCGAUAUUCGGACUGCGUGUCCUCCUGCCCCGCCAGCUGCAUGACCGCGGGUGCUACCGAGGAGGGGCACUGCCGGGACGACUGCACCAGCGGCUGCGAGUGCGCCCCGGGGCUGUACAUGGCCGGGGGGGGCUGCGUCCCCCAGAGCGCCUGCCCCUGCCUCCACGGCCGCCAGCAGUACGCCCCGGGGCAGAGCAUCCGCCAGCGCUGCAACCGGUGCACGUGCCAGGGGGGCCGCUGGCUCUGCACCCAGGACCGGUGCGCGGCGGAGUGCGCGGUGCUGGGGGACCUGCACUAUGUCACCUUCGACCAGCGGCGCUUCUCCUUCCCGGGCGCCUGCGAGUACAUCCUGGUGCAGGACUUCGUGGAGGGGACGCUGCUGAUCACGGCGGAGCAGGAGGCGUGUGGCGGCCGCCAGCCCCUCAGCUGCCUCCGGGUGCUCUCCGUCACCGUGCAGGGCGCCUCGGCACGGCUGCGCAGCACAGGCGAGGUGGAGGUGAACGGGCGGGAGGUGCCGCUGCCCUUCACCAGCGCCGCGCUGACGGUGCGCCGAGCGUCCUCCUCCUUCCUGCUGCUCCAAGCCUUUGGCACCCACGUGCUGUGGGGGCUGGAGACCCCUGCGGCGUACAUCACCCUCCAGCCUGUCUUCGCCAACAAGGUGCGGGGUCUCUGCGGCACCUACAACUGGGACCAGGGGGAUGAGUUCGCCACGCCGGCAGGGGACGUGGAGGUCGGCGUCGCCGCCUUCGCCAACAAGUACCGGGUGUCCAGCGCCUGCCCCGUGCUCGGCCCCGUCCCCUUCGAGCCCUGCAGCACCUACGCCCCGCGCCGGGACCUCGCGGCCACCGCCUGUGCCAUCCUGCACGGCGCGUCCUUCCAGCCCUGCCACCACCUCGUGGACAGGGAGCCCUUCCACCAGCUCUGCCUCUACGAUGUGUGCGCCUGCCCGGCCAGCAAGCAGUGCCUGUGCCCAGCGCUGGCUGCCUACGCACGGCAGUGCGCCCAGGAGGGAGCGGUCCUGUCCUGGAGGAACCAGAGCUUCUGUGGUGCACAGUGCGGCGGGGGCCAGGUCUUCCAGGAGUGCAGCAGCCCCUGCGGCAGGACCUGCGCCGACCUGCGCCUGGACGGGGCCGGCUCCUGCCCCGAGCUCGACGGCCUCUGCGUCUCCGGCUGCAACUGCCCCGAGGGGCUGGUGCUGGAUGACGGCGGGCAGUGUGUCCCCAAGGACGUCUGUCCCUGCCGGCACGGUGGCGAGCUCUACCCAGCGGGCAGCAAGAUCCGGCAGGGCUGCAACGCCUGCGUCUGCGCCGCGGGCUCCUGGAGCUGCACCGAUGCCCCCUGCCCCGAGGCCGCCUUCUGCCCCGGGGAUCUGGUCUACGCCGUCGGGUCCUGCCUGCGCACCUGCGACAGCACCGAGCCCAACGGGACCUGCCCGGGGCUUGCUGACGGCUGCGUCUGCCCCCCAGGCACCGUCUUCCUGGACGAGCGCUGCGUGCCCCCGGAGGAGUGUCCGUGCCAGCACAACGGGCGGCUCUACCAGCCCAACGACACCAUCGUCCGGGACUGCAACACCUGCGUGUGCCGGCGGCAGCGGUGGCGGUGCGGCAGCGAGGACUGCGCGGGAACCUGCGUGGCCACGGGGGACCCCCACUACAUCACCUUUGACGGGAAGGCCUUCUCCUUCCUGGGGGACUGCGAGUACGUGCUGGUGCGCGAGGCCGGCGGGCUCUUCGCCGUCACCGCCGAGAACGUGCCCUGCGGCUCCAGCGGCGUCACCUGCACCAAGUCGGUGGUGGUGGCGCUGGGCAACACCGUGGUGCACAUGCUGCGAGGGAGGGACGUGACAGUGAACGGGGUCUCGGUGCGGCCCCCCAAAACCUACAGCGGGAGCGGGCUGACGCUGCAGCGCGCCGGCCUCUUCCUGCUCCUGCUGUCCCGCCUGGGGCUGACGGUGCUCUGGGAUGGAGGCACGCGGGUGUACGUCCGGCUGCACCCGCAGCACCGGGGCCGCGUGGCCGGGCUCUGCGGGAACUUUGACCGCGAUGCAGAGAACGACCUGGCCAGCCGGCAGGGCGUGCUGGAGCCCACCGCCGAGCUCUUCGGCAACUCCUGGCGCGUCAGCCUGCUCUGCCCCGAGGUGGACGGCGCGGACACGCAGCACCCCUGCACCGAGAACCCGCACCGGGCAACGUGGGCCCGCAAGCGCUGCAGCGUCCUCACGCAGCGGCUCUUUGCGCCCUGCCACGAGGAGGUGCCGUGCCAGCGCUUCUACGACUGGUGUGUCUUCGAUGCCUGCGGCUGUGACUCCGGGGGGGACUGCGAGUGCCUGUGCACGGCCAUCGCCACCUACGCCGAGGAGUGCGGCCAGCGCGGUGUCCACAUCCGAUGGAGGAGCCAGGACCUGUGCCCCCUGCAGUGUGACGGGGGGCAGGAGUACAGCGCCUGCGGCCCCCCCUGCCCCCAGACCUGCCAAAACUUCGGCCUGGAGCUGCCCGAGCACUGCGACACCAUGUCGUGCCUGGAGGGCUGCUUCUGCCCCGAGGGGAAGGUGCUGCACGAGGGCAGCUGCAUCGACCCCGCCGAGUGCCCGUGUGUCUGGGAGGGCAUCUCCUUCCCACCCGGUGCCGGGGUGCAGCAGGGCUGCAAGAACUGCACGUGCGCGGCCGGGCUGUGGCAAUGCGCGCCCACCGCCCAGCCCUGCCCGCCCCAGCCCCGCUGCCCCGACUCGGAGUUCCCGUGCCGCACCAGCGGGCGCUGCGUGCCAGGAGCCUGGCUCUGCGACAACGAGGACGACUGCGGGGACGGCUCGGAUGAAGUCUGCGCCCCGCGCUGCGCCCCCCACCAGCACCGCUGCGCUGGGGGGCAGUGCGUGCCCUGGGGCGCCCGCUGCGACGGCGUGCCCGACUGCACCGACGGCUCCGACGAGCGUGGCUGCCCCCCGCCCGCCUGCGCCCCCCCGGAGUUCCGCUGCGCCAGCGGCCGCUGCAUCCCCCGGGCACGUGUCUGCGACGGGGAGCUGGACUGCGGCUUCGCCGACGACUCGGAUGAGGCAGGCUGCAGCCCAACCUGCGGCACCGGGGAGUUCCGCUGCGCAGCAGGGCGCUGCGUACCCUACCCGCACCGCUGCGACGGGCACGACGACUGCGGGGACUUCAGUGACGAGCGGGACUGCGUCUGCCCCGCCGGCCGCUUCCAGUGCCCCGACGGCCUCUGCCUGCCCCUAGCUGCUGUCUGCGAUGGGACGGAGGACUGCACGGCUGGCACGGACGAGGCGUUCUGCCCAGGCCGGGUGACCUGUGCCCCAGGACAGCUCCCGUGCCCCGACGGCUCGUGCAUGGGCCAGGCAAAGCUCUGUGACGGCGUCUGGGACUGCAGGGACGGCUGGGACGAGAGCCCCGCACGCUGCAUCGUGUCCUGGGCCACUCCUGUGCCUGCCCAGCUGCCCACGGCGCCUGCCAACGGCACAGCAGCUCCCGCCUGUGGUCCCUACGAGUUCCCGUGCCAGAGCGGGGAGUGCACGCCGCGGGGCUGGCUGUGCGACAGCGAGGCCGACUGCCUGGACGGCAGCGACGAGCUGGGCUGCAACCGGAGCUGCGGGCUGGGGCAAUUCCCCUGCGCCCUGGGCGCCCACUGCAUCCCCCACGGCCACCUCUGCGACGGCGUCCCCCACUGCCCCGACCACUCCGACGAGAGCGCCGACACCUGCGGCUCUACCCAGAUCCCGCCGUGCCCGGGCCACUUUGUGUGCAACGACCGCGUGUGCGUGAACGCGUCCAGGGUGUGCGACGGCAGCCUCGACUGUCCCCAGGGCGAGGACGAGCUGGCCUGCGAGGGCCACGUCCCCACCGAGGGGAGGAACCGGACGGGGGGUCCCUGCACUGAGUACGCCUGUGGGGACGGCGAGUGCAUCGCCUUCAAGCAGGUCUGCAACGGGCUGCCCGACUGCGGGGACGGGGACGCGGCCUUGGGCUGGGUGCCCUCGGAUGAGAGGGACUGCGGGCACUGGGGGCCCUGGGCACCCUGGGGUGCCUGCAGCCGCUCCUGCGGCCCCGGCCAGCAGCUGCGUGCGAGGGGCUGCAGCCAGCAGGGCCCCGAUGUGCUGCACCAGUGCCACGGCGAGGCCACGCAGGCACGGCCCUGCUUCAGCACUGCCUGCCCCGUGGACGGCGCUUGGAGCGAGUGGGCGACCUGGUCCAACUGCACGGGGGGCUGUGAGGGGGUGGUGGUGCGCCAGCGGCACUGCCUGCCCCCCCGGGACGGGGGCCAGCCCUGCGCCGCGCUGCCCGCCACGGCCCCCGCCACCCUGGAGAUAGGCCCGUGCCAGCAGGACGGGUGCCCCCCCACCGUCUGCCCUGGGGGGCUGCAGCACCGUCCCUGCGCCCCCUGCCCCGCGUCCUGCGCCGACCUCGCCAGCCGUGCGCAGUGCCCCCGGGAGCAGCCGUGCACCACAGGGUGCUGGUGCCCGGAGGGCCUCGUGCUGGAUGGCGAGCGGGGCUGCGUGCGCCCACGGGAGUGCCGCUGCGAGGUGGAGGGGCUGCGCUACUGGCCGGGGCAGCGCGUGAAGCUCAACUGCCGCCUCUGCAUCUGCCUGGAUGGGCAGCCCCGGCGCUGCCGACAGAACCCCGCCUGCACCGUGAGCUGCAGCUGGUCCCCUUGGUCACCCUGGGGCGAGUGCCUGGGUCCCUGCGGCGUGCAGAGCAUCCAGUGGUCCUUCCGCAGCCCCAGCCACCCCGGCACGCGUGGGGCUGGCCGGCAGUGCCGUGGCAUCUACCGCAAAGCACGCAGGUGCCAGACGGAGCCGUGCCAGGCGUGCGAGCACCAGGGCCGCUCCCGUGCGCUCGGGGAGCGCUGGCGCUCGGGGCCCUGCCGCGUCUGCCAGUGCCUGCCCAGCCCCCAGGUGCGGUGCUCGCCCUACUGCCCACACAGCGCCGGGGGCUGCCCGCAGGGCCAGGUGCUGGUGGAGGGCCAAGGGGAUUCCUGCUGCUUCUGCGCCUGGCCAGGUGGCAAUGUGACGGCCGUCCCCACGGGACUGACGACGGAGCCCACCCCCUCCAGCGUGCCAUCAGAGCCCCCCAGCAGCCCGCUGGCCACCUUCCCACUGCCUCCCCCGGGCGACCCCUGCUACAGCCCCCUGGGCAUCGCCUCCCUGCCCGACAGCAGCUUCAGCGCCUCGGCCUCGCAGGAGGGGCACCCGGCCCCCGCUGGCCGCCUGCAUCACGUCUCCCCGGGGCAGGAGCUGCAGGGCUGGGCCCCCCCGGCCGACAUCUUCCCUGGGCUGCCCUCGCAGCCGCCCUUCCUGCAGCUGGACCUGCUGCAGCCCACCAACCUCACCGGGGUGGUGCUGCAGGGGGCAGGUGCCGGCGACGCCUUCGUCACCGCCUUCCAGCUGCAGCUCAGCACCGACGGGACGCGCUGGCACGACUACCGACAGGUCUCCGCCGGCAGCCAGCCGGAGCCCAAGCUCUUCCAGGGUAACUGGGAUGCCGUCACGCCGGUGGUGCGGCCACUGGGGCGCAUGGUGCAGGCGCAGCACGUGCGCAUCCUCCCGCGCCGCUUCCACAACCGCAUCGUCCUCCGCGCCGAGCUGCUGGGCUGCCCGCCAGUGGCCCCUGCCCCGGUCGGGGCGACGCCGACCCCACCGCCCUGCGGCGCGGGCGAGUUGUGGUGCGGGGACAGCUGCGUGGGGGCAUCCCGGAGGUGCGACGGCGUCGCCGACUGUGCCGGGGGUGCCGACGAGGCCGGCUGCAAGCCCCCCCCCACCGCGGUGCCCACCCGUCCUGCCAGCCCCCCGGCCCCCGCCAGCGCUGGCAUCCUGGGGACAUCGGGGACAGGAGCUGGGCUGCUCACUGCCAAGCCCCCCAUGGAGCCCCCCAGUGCAACCAGCACCGGACCCCCCAUUGCCGCUGUGCUGGGACCAGUAAUGAGCAGGCCACCACCUGUCCCCGCCACCACGGUGUCCCCUGGGGGGCCACCCCCUGCCAGCCCCCCAGUACCGGGUAUGGCCGCUGUGACCGUCACCCCCCCUGCCACGGGACUGCCUGCUCUGCCCGCGCCCCCCACCGGGGUCCCCACCCCGACAGCGGCAGAGCGGCUCCUGCCCCGGCUCCUGUGCCCCGAGGACCAGUUCCCCUGCGAUGUCCUGGGCUGUGUGGAUGCCACCAUGGUUUGUGACGGGCGGCCCGACUGCCUGGACGGCUCGGACGAGGUGCACUGCGGAACUCCCCCCGCCUCCAACAGCCCCCCAGCCCCCCUGGUGUGGCCCCCCGGGCCCCCCCCCACCUGCUCCCCCAAGCAGUUCUCCUGUGGCACCGGUGAGUGCCUGGCCCUGGCCAAGCGCUGCGACCUGCACCGGGACUGCGCCGACGGCACCGAUGAGAGCGGCUGCGUUGACUGCAUCCUGUCCCCGUGGGGGGGCUGGAGUGAGUGCAGCCGCUCCUGCGGGCUGGGGGUCACCGCCCGGCAGCGGGUCCUGCUGCGGGGCGCCCUGCCGGGGGGCUCCUGCCCGCGCCCCCACCUCGACGCCCGCUCCUGCUUCCUGCGCGCCUGCCCAGUGCCCGGUGGCUGGGCUGCGUGGGGCGCCUGGUCCCCCUGCGACGCCGAGUGCCAGGGAGGGGUGCGGAGCCGCAGCCGGAGGUGCACCGACCCCCCGCCCAAGAACGGGGGCCAGCCCUGCCCCGGGGAGGCCCUGCAGAGCCAGCCCUGCAACCUGCAGCCCUGCGGGGACACCACAGACUGCGGCCCCAGGAUGGUGCUGGUGCGGGCAGAGGAUUGCGCACGGGGCCUGGUGCCCCCCUGUCCCCAAGCCUGUGGGGACCUGAGUGCCACCGCGAGCUGCCAGAGCCCCUGCCAGGAGGGCUGCCGGUGCCCGCCGGGGCUCUUCCUGCAGGAGGGCACCUGCGUCAACGCCAGCCAGUGCCACUGUCACCUGGGCCAGCAGCGCUGGCUGCCCGGCCACAUCUUCCUGCGGGACAACUGCAGCCAGUGCGUGUGCCAGGACGGGGCGGUGACAUGCGAGGAGCUGCCCUGUCCCAUCCCCUGCGGCUGGUCCGCCUGGUCGCCGUGGACCCCCUGUGACCGCAGCUGCGGCGUGGGGACGCAGGAGAGGUUCAGGUCCCCUUCCAACCCUGCCUCGGCCCACGGCGGAGCCCCCUGCGACGGGGACGCCCGGGAGGUGCGCGAGUGCCACACGCCCUGCGCCCCCGAGCCCAGCAGCGGCUGGAGCGCCUGGACCCCUUGGUCCCCCUGCUCCCGGAGCUGCUUCCACCACGUGGACCACCGUGGGAGGCGGCGGCGAUUCCGGCACUGCGAGGGGCUGGGGGGCACCUGCCCGGGGCUGGGGGUGCAGGAGGAGCCCUGCGACACGGCCCCCUGCCCGGUGGCAGGUGUCUGGAUGCCCUGGUCCUCCUGGUCCGAGUGCUCGGCUCCCUGCGACGCCGGCGUGCAGACGCGCAGCCGGGCCUGCACCCCCCCUGCCUUUGGGGGGGCCGAAUGCGAGGGCCCCCUCCUCCAAACCCGCGACUGCAACCCCCAGCCCUGCGGAGCGCAGUGCCCCGGCACCAUGCGGUACCUCACGGCCGAGGAGUGCCGGAGCCGGGGGGGGCCCUGCCCGCGGCUGUGCCGGGACCUGGAGCCCGGCGUGGUGUGUGCCGUGCGCUGCCAGCCCGGCUGCCACUGCCCCGCCGGGCUCCUGCUGCAGGACGGGAGCUGCGUGCCACCCGAACGCUGCCCCUGCCACCACCGCGGCCACCUCUACCAGCCCGGUGACACCGCCGGCCUCGACGCCUGCAACAACUGCACCUGCGUGGCCGGGGAGAUGGUGUGCGGCACGGAGCCCUGCCCAGUGCCCUGUGGCUGGAGCAGCUGGACGGCCUGGAGCUCCUGCAGCCGCAGCUGCGACGUGGGGACGCGGCGGCGCUACCGGGUCCCUGGGGUGCCCCCCCCGGCCAAGGGGGGCCCCCCCUGCCAGGGACCCAGCAUGGAGGUGGAAUUCUGCAGCCUGCAGCCCUGCCGGGGGGCAGUGGCGCCGUGGGGGCCGUGGUCGGGGUGCUCGGUGCCUUGCGGGGGCGGCUACAGGAACCGCACGCGGGGGGGCUCCCCACUGCGCGGCCUCGAGUUCAGCACCUGCAACCCCGCGCCCUGCCCUGGUGAGGAGCCGGGUGUCUGCCCCCCCGGCAAGCAGUGGCAGCCGUGCGCCCACGUCCCGGCCUCGUGCGCGGAGCUGAGCGCGGCCCCCGCGGCCGGUGGGCGCUGCCACCCCGGCUGCUCCUGCCCCCCGGGGGCCCUGCUGCUGAACGACGAGUGCGUGGCGGAGGAGGAAUGUCCCUGUGCCACGGACGGCGCGCUCUACAUGCCCGGGGACACCGUGCCCCGGGGCUGCCAGAACUGCUCCUGCAUCGCCGGCCGGGUCACCAACUGCUCCCAGGUGGCUUGUGGUGACGAGGGUGAGCCCCAGACCCCCUGGACCCCCUGGACCCCCUGGAGCGAGUGCUCGGCCUCCUGCGGGCCGGGCCAGCAGCGCCGCUACCGCUUCUGCGCCCCGCACCCCGGGGCACCCUGCUCCGAGCCACAGUCCCAGGAGCACCCCUGCCUCCUGCAGCCCUGUGCCUGGCCGGGCGGCUGGAGCCCCUGGAGCCCCUGGAGCGGCUGCAGCCGGAGCUGCGGAGCCGGCGUGCGCAGCCGGAGCCGUGCCUGCUCCAACCCCACACCCCAGGGCCACGGAGACUUCUGCGAGGGCCCCCCCGUGCAGCUGGAGCCCUGCGGCACCCAGGAGUGCCCCGCUCCCGACUGCGCCGCGGUGCCGGGCUCGGUGUUCAGCCCCUGCGGCCCCCCCUGUCCCCGCUCCUGUGAUGACAUCUCGCACUGUGCCUGGCGCUGCCAGCCCGGCUGCUACUGCACCGGGGGCGCGCUGCUGGACGCGGCGGGCACGGCGUGCGUGGCCCCCGAGAACUGCUCCUGCCUCGACCUCCGCACCGGGCAGCGGCACCGGCCCGGCCACAGCGAGCCCCGAGGGGACGGCUGCAACAACUGCACCUGCACCCGAGGGAAGCUGCUCUGCACCGGCGUGCCCUGCCCUGUGCCUGGCAGCUGGUGCGAGUGGUCCCCGUGGACGCCGUGCUCGAGAACGUGCGGUGAGGAGAGCUCCACGCGGCACCGUGCCUGCUCCUGCCCCACACCACAGCAGGGGGGUCCGGGCUGCCCCGGGGGGCAGGAGGGGCUCGGGGCUGCCGGGACCCAGCUGCAGCGCAAGGAGUGCCCCAACGCCCCCCCAUGCCCUGAGGACGGGGUCUGGGGUGCCUGGGGGCCGUGGUCACCGUGUGGGGGCUGUGGGGGGCUGGCUCUGCGCACCCGCUCCUGCUCCGGACCCCCGGCACGCUCCGGUGGCCGGCCCUGUGCCGGCGAGGCGCGACAGAGCCGGCCCUGCCCGCGGGGUGCCACCGGCUGCCAAGGGUGCGGCGGGGACCUGGUGGCCCUGUCCUGCGGCAAGCCUUGUCCCCGCUCCUGCUCGGACCUGCGGGAGGACACGGCCUGCCUGGACGGACCCCGCUGCCAGCCCGCCUGCGCCUGCCCCCCCGGCCGCCUGCUGCAGGACGGUGCCUGCGUCCCCCCCGAGCGCUGCCGCUGCCCACGGGGGACCCCUGAGGAGGGGAACUGGGACGGGGCCGACCCCGAGCAGGAGCUGCAGCCGGGUGAGACCUUGCAGAGACCCUGCCAGAACUGCACGUGUGAGGCCGGGGCGCUGCGGUGCCGUGCCGACCCCGAGUGCCGCGUGGACGGGGGCUGGAGCCCGUGGGGGCCCUGGUCCCGCUGCUCCCCCGGCUGCAGUGCGGGCACCCAGACAUCCUCCCGGCACUGCAGCAACCCCGCACCGCAGCACGGGGGCCGGGGAUGCCCCGGGCACAGCCAGCGCCAGCGGCCCUGCCCUGCCACCGAGGGGUGCCCAGAAGAGGAGCCGUGGGGCGAGUGGUCCCCGUGGGGGCCCUGCAGCGUCUCCUGCGGUGGGGGCGAGCAGCUCCGCCGGCGGGACUGCCCCCCUCCAGGGGGGUGCCCGGGGCUGGCCCUACAGAGCAAGACCUGCAACACCCACGUGUGUCGGGAGGCGGGCUGCCCGGGGGGGCGGCUGUACCGCGAGUGCCAGCAGGGCGAGGGCUGCCCCUACAGCUGCGCCCACCUCGCCGGCCGCAUCGCCUGCUUCCCCGGGGGGUGCCAGGAGGGCUGCCACUGCCCCGCCGGCACCCUGCUGCACCACGGGCAGUGCCUGCAGGAGUGUCCCUGCGUGCUGACGGCCGAGGUCCUGCGGGAGCUCCAGAACAGCUCCGCGGACCCCCAGGAGACCCCUACCCUCCUGGGCACCCAGGGGCCGCCCCUGACGCUGGACCAGGAGGUGCCCCCCGGCAGCACCCUGCACUCCUCCUGCACCACCUGCACCUGCCUCCACGGCCGGCUGAACUGCUCGCAGCCCCUGUGCCCGCGGGACGGGGGCUUCGCACCCUGGGGCCCCUGGAGCAGCUGCUCACGGAGCUGCGGGGGCCUGGGGGUGAGGACGCGGCAGAGGGGCUGCACCAACCCCCCCCCUGCCCGGGGGGGCCGCGACUGCGCCGGGCCCCGCUCCGACAGCAAGUACUGCCAGAGCCCCGAGUGCCCGGCCGUGGCCGCCCCCACGAAGGAGCCCAGCCCCGGUGUCCCAGGUGCUGAGGAAGAGGAGGGCUUCGGCCCCUGGUCCCCCUGGAGCCCCUGCUCCAAAACCUGCACCCGCCCCGAGCGCCCGGCCACCAAGAGCCGCGAGCGCCUCUGCAGCGGGGCCACCAACUGCAGCGGGGAGAGCUUCCAGGAGCAGCCCUGCAACCUGCCCCACUGCUCAGAUGCCCCCCCGUGCCAGGGCGAGGACUGUGCCGGCCUGAACUGCUCAUGGACGCUGUGGGGGCCGUGGGCCGAGUGCUCCCGCAGCUGUGGUGUGGGGGUGCAGCAGCGCCUGCGUGCCUACAGCCCCCCCGGCACGGGGGGCCGAUGGUGCCCGGGCAUCCUCAGCGCCUACGUGCAGCGACGCUUCUGCAACCUCCAGGCUUGUAAAGUGGAUGGCGCCUGGUCUGCCUGGAGCCCCUGGUCCCGCUGUGACAGGACGUGUGGGGGGGGCCGCGCCGUGCGCUCCCGCUCCUGCACCCGUCCCCCCCCCAAGAACGGGGGGCAGCGCUGCCCGGGAGAGCGGCACCACCUGCGGCUCUGCAACCCCCAGCCCUGCGGGGCCAGCUGCCCCCCCGGCAUGGCCCUGGUGCCUUGUGCCAACCGCUGCCCGCGGCGCUGCGAGGACCUGCAGGAGGGCAUCGCCUGCGGGGACGAGGAGCGCUGCGAGCCCGGCUGCCGCUGCCCCAACGGCAUGCUGGAGCAGGACAGGGGCUGCGUGCCCCCCGCGCACUGCGAGUGCACCGACGCCCAGGGCCACGGCUGGGUGCCGGGCAGCACCCACCACGACGGCUGCAACAACUGCACGUGCCGGGGGGGCCGCCUGCACUGCACCCACCGCCCCUGCCUGCCGCCCCCCUGCUCCUGGAGCCGCUGGUCCCGCUGGGCCCCCUGCAGCGUCACCUGUGGGGAUGGCCAGCAGACGCGCUUCAGGACCCCCACAUCAGGCUCGUGGGAUGAGGAGUGCCAAGGGGAGCACGCGGAGAGCCGGGGCUGCGCCGAGGGGCCCUGCCCGCCCCUGUGCCCCCAGGAGGGCUGGGAGAGGCGGCUGGGGGACACGUGGAGGCAGGGCGAGUGCCAGCAGUGCACCUGCACCCCGGAGGGCACGGUCUGCAGGGACACCCCCUGUGCCGGGCCCGAGCAGUGCACGUGGGGCGCGUGGAGCCCCUGUUCCCAGACCUGUGGCACCGGCCUGGCCACCCGGGAGGGUUCCUGCCCUUGCCCAACCCCCGGGACCCCCGGUGCCCCCUGCAACGACAGCGCCGGGGCUGGUGCCAGCCUGCGCCGGGAGCUGGAGGCUUGCUACCUGCAGCCCUGCCCAGACGAGUGUUCCUGGAGCCCCUGGAGCCCCUGGAGCCCCUGUUCCUGCAGCUCCCCGCUGCAGCACCGGCACCGGCACCGGCACGGCCCCGGCACCUGCGUGGGGCUGGACGGGGAGCUCCGCGACUGCGACACCUCGGGGUGCUCGGACACCAGCUGUGAGCCCCCCUUCGAGUUCCAGCCCUGCGCCCCCCCCUGUGCCCGGCUCUGCUCCUCCCUGCAGCGCCCACAGCUCUGCCCGGCCCUGCCCCGCUGCCUGCCCGGCUGCUUCUGCCCCCAGGGGCUGCUGGAGCAGCGCGGAGCCUGCGUGCCCCCCGAGCAGUGCGACUGCCUGCACACCAACGGCACCGGCGGCUCCGUGGCCCUGCCUGCGGGGAGCAGCGUCCUGCUGGGCUGCAAGAAGUGCGUGUGCCAGGACGGGGCCCUGCGGUGCAGCAGCGAGGGCUGCCAGGGGCUGCUCCCGCUGAGCCCCUGGUCGGAGUGGGGACCCUGCGGCCCCUGCCUGCCCCUGCCCACGCCGCUCCUGCCCCAGCCCGAGGAGGCUCCGGGGGACCUCGUGCCCCAGGUUUCGCUGCAGCACCGCUACCGAGCCUGCCUGGACCCCGAAACCGGCCUGCCCUGGGCUGGCGAUGUGGCUGCUUGCACGGCGGAGCUGCGCCAGGAACGGCUCUGCCCCGACCCCCACGUGUGCCAAGAGCUCUGCCUCUGGAGCCCCUGGGGGCCCUGGGGGCCCUGCCAGCAGCCCUGCAGCGGGGGACACCGCCUGCGGCACCGCCACCGCCAGAACCCUGAGGGCAGCGGGCACUGCCCGGGGGCAUGGUCCCAGAGCGAGAGCUGCAACACUGCCGUCUGCCCAGGGGAGGUGUGCGAGGACCGGGGCAAGGCGCCCGCCGCCCCCUGUGCCAACGGCUGCCCCCGCGCCUGCGCCGACCUCUGGCCCCAUGUGGAGUGUGUGCAGGGGGGCUGCAAGCCAGGGUGCCGGUGCCCCCCAGGGCAGCUGCUGCAGGAUGGGGCGUGCGUGCCCAUCGCCCAAUGUCGCUGCGGGCUGCCCGGGGCCAACAGCAGCCAGGAGGUCUGGCCAGGGGAGGUGGCCGAGGUGGAGUGCCACAACUGCACCUGUGUGAACGGGACCUUGGCGUGCCCGGUGCUGCCGUGCCCAUCCUACGGGCCCUGGGCUGCCUGGAGCCCCUGCUCCAGCAGCUGUGGGGGCGGCCGCACCUCCCGGCACCGCUCCUGCCUGCCGAGCCCCGGGGGGGUGCCCUGCACGGACACCGGCACCCAGGAGACCGCCGAGUGCAGCCCCCAGCCCUGCCCCGCCGGCUGCCAGCUGAGCCCCUGGUCCCCCUGGAGCCCCUGCAGUGCCAGCUGUGGAGGGGGCAGCUCGGAGAGGCGCCGGGAGCUGCAGGGAGGCGAGGAGGAGCUGUGCCCGCUCCCGGUGCUGCGGCAGCUCCGCAUCUGCAACGCCCACAACUGCACGCCGGGGUGUCCCCACAGCCAGGUGUACGGGGACUGCGCCAACGCCUGCCCCCGCUCCUGCGCCCACCUCCGCCCGGGGACGCAGUGCCUGCAGCAGCCCUGCCAGCCCGGCUGCUCCUGCCCUCACGGACAGGUGGGGCCGACAGGUGCCUGCGUGCCCCCCGAGCGGUGCCGCUGCGUGCUGACCCCCGCCGUGCCCUGGGCACUCAACCUCUCCAAGGAGGAGCAGGAGCAGGAGCACGCGCCGGGCAGCCUCCUGCGGCACCGCUGCAACAGCUGCAUCUGUGUCCGCGGCACCUUCAACUGCUCCCAGGAGGACUGCAGUGUGGACUGCCUGUGGUCCCCGUGGUCCCCCUGGUCCCCCUGCUCGGUGACGUGCGGGGCGGGCGAGCGGCUCUCCCGCAGGCACCCCCUCCGGCAGCGCCUCUACGAGGGGGCAGAGUGCCUGGGGCCCCCCCUGCGCCGGGCUCCCUGCAGCCUCCCCGACUGCGCCUGCCCGGAGGGUGAGCGCUGGCAGGACCCCGGGGUGCAGGGCCCCGGGGUGCCCCCCAUCUGCGAUCAGAGCUGCACGGACAUCCCCGGUGAGACCCCCCCUGGCUGCAGCACUGACCCCAGCCCCGGCUGCGCCUGCGAGCCCGGCCGCUACCGCAACAGCAGCGGCCGCUGCGUGCCCACUGCGCUCUGCGAGUGCCUGCACCGGGGGCAAAUCCACGAGCCCGGCAGCGAGUGGCAGGAGGAGUGCGCGAGGUGCCGCUGCGUGGAGGGCAGGGCUGCCUGCACAGACGGCUGCCCCCCGCUCUCCUGCCCCGAGGGCGAGGUGAAGGUGAAGGAGCCAGGACGCUGCUGCCCCGUCUGCAGGAUGGAGUGGCCAGAGGAGCCAUCCUCCAUGUGCAGGCUCUUCACUGAGCUGCGCAACAUCACCAAGGGGCCCUGCUCCCUGCCCGGGGUGCAGGUCAGCUUCUGCAGCGGGCACUGCCGCUCCCGCACCGCCGUCACCCCCGAGGAGCCGUACCUGCAGACGCUGUGCGAGUGCUGCAGCUACCGCCUGGACCCCGCCAGCCCCGUCCGAAUCCUCAGCCUGCCCUGCGGGGGCACAGCGGAGCCCGUGGUGCUGCCCGUCAUCCACAGCUGCGAGUGCAGCAGCUGCCAGGGGGGGGAUUUCUCCAAGCGCUGA